GAAAUCCAUAGAUUAGGGCCUAAUUAAUUUAUUUCAAUUGACUGAUUUCCUUAUGUGAACUAACUCGGUAAGAUAUUAGAAAUUGUCGCAUUUUAUACAGUGCCGUGAAAAAGUAUUUGCCCCCUUUCUGAUUUUCUCUAUUUUUGAUGCAAAACCUAAUAUUAGAUAAAGGGAACCUGAGUUUACAAAUAACAAAAUAUAUGGAUACUUUUUUUUUUUUUUUAAAUAACAAAGUUAAGCAACACCCAAUUCCGUUGUGUGAAUAAGUAACUGCCCCCUAACAUUUAAUAACUGGUUGUGCCACCUUUAGCUGCAAUGACUGCAACCAAAUGCUUCCUGUAGUUGUUGAUCAGUCCCUCACAUCGCUGUGGAGGAAUUUUGGCCCACUCUUGCCUGCAGAACUGUUUUAACUCCGCGACAUUUGAGGGUUUUCAAGCAUGAAGUGCUCAUUUCAAUUCCAGCCACAACAUCGCAAUUGGGAUUAGGUCUGGACUUUGACUAGGCCAUUUCAAAACUUUAAAUUUGUUGCUUUUUAACUAUUUUCAUGUAGACCUGAUUGUGUAUUUUGGAUCAUUGUCUUGCUGCGCUUCAACUUCAGCUCACAGACGAAUGACCUGACAUUCUCUUGUAGAAUUCUCUGAUGCCGAGCAGAAUUCAUUUUUCCUUCUAUUAAGGCAAGUCGUCCAGGUCCUUGGGCAGCAAAGCAUCCCCAAACCAUCACACUACCACCACCAUGCUUGACCGUUGGCAACUGUAUCAACAUGAAAAAUAGGCCAUAACCCUCACAAGCUGUACAGGAAAGCCCAGACUGACAGUAGUAGAGGAUGGACCAGGCCUUUCCCAGUCUCCAGACCCCAGCCACUGAGCUUCAACUCAGGGUGGACUUCUUCAGAAAGUUGGGCUACUCCCCCUUGGAGGUUCGGGCUGCCCUGCUGAAGCUAGGCCUGAGUACAGACACCAACUCUGUACUGGGGGAGCUGGUUCGCAGCGGAGCCAGCACUGGUACUUCUAACUCCACCAUUCCUGAGAGUGGUGAAGAUGCUACUGGCCCCAAAAGCAACAUAGGCUCCAGCAUGGCCUCCUUUAGGACCCAUGGCUCCCAAGGAGACAGACCAGUCUCAUUACUGGAAGACAGGAGGGACACAGACAGUGGACUGAAACCUAUCGUCAUUGACGGCAGCAAUGUGGCCAUGAGUCAUGGUAACAAGGAAGUGUUCUCCUGUAGGGGAAUUGAGUUGGCAGUGAUCUUUUUCCUGGAAAGAGGUCACUCAACCGUCAUUGUGUUUGUGCCCUCCUGGCGCAAGGAGCAGCCCAGGCCUGAUGUCCCCAUCACAGACCAACACAUUCUAAUGGAGCUAGAGAAGAAGAAGAUAGUUGUCUUCACUCCCUCGAGACGUGUCGGUGGUAAACGGGUGGUCUGCUACGACGACCGUUUUAUUGUGAAGCUGGCCUAUGAGUCGGGCGGCGUGAUCGUGUCUAACGACACCUAUAGGGACCUCCAGGGAGAGCGUCCGGAGUGGAAGCGCUGUAUCGAGGAGAGGCUGCUUAUGUACUCUUUCGUCAAUGACAAAUUCAUGCCCCCAGAUGACCCGCUUGGUCGUCAUGGUCCCAGUCUGGAGAACUUCCUGAGGAAGAAGCCGCUACUACCAGAACACAAACGCCAACUCUGUCCUUAUGGUAAAAAGUGCACGUACGGCGUAAAGUGUAAGUUCUACCACCCUGAGCGCACUCACCAAUCCCACUGCUCAUUGGCUGAUGAGCUCAGGGAGAAGGCAAGGCUCUCCUCAGUAAAAGAGGACCGGAAUCACAUGAUGUCACACCUGAGGGGCCCCCAGUCCGACCCGAGCCCCUUUCCCUCCUAUUCUCUGGAGAAUGACCUGGAGCACAGGCUGACGUUGGAGCACCGCGGUUCCCUGAGUGAGGGUCCCAAUUGCCAGUUAACUGAGAACAUGUUGCUGUACUGGGAUGGGCCACACUCCAGUAUGAACCAGCAGGCCCGCAGCCCCAUAGGAGUAGGCCAAGGACAAAUGGACUGGCCCAAUAUGCCCAGUAUGCUCUCCCCCCCCGCUACUACUGACCUCCCCUAUGCCAGCAUCUCCCAUGAGCGCCUGGACUCUGGUUUUGGCACCUAUGAGAGCCAGUACUCAGAUGUGUCCCAAGGCCACAGCAAGGCCUUCAGUCCCAGGCAGCAGCCACAACAGCAGGGCUUCCCCUCUGGUUCCAGACAUCCAGGCAUGCAUCCAGAGAGGCUGGCCCAGGACAGCUUCCAGCCCUGCAGGUGUUGUUUCCAUUUGGCUCCCUUCACAGGUCCCCAGCAGCAGCACCACAGCAACCCACACCUCGAGUCCCAAUCCCAGCCAAGGUAUGACACCUACUCGCCUCCUCUGUUCCCACCCAACAUGCACCACUACAGCCUCCCCUGCAACUUCCAGCAAGGUGGGGUGGGGGCACAUAAUUUCCAACCCCAUCAGCACCCCCAGAAGUACUGGUCAGACCCCUUCCAUGGCGGGGUCCCCCAGGCUAGGGCGUCGUGUAGCCUCACCCCGAGCCCCCACCUCCAUCACCCCCCUACCCCACACGGGGCCCCCCACUCAUGCUUCUCUUACAGGAAUCAGCAGGAACUUAACUCCUGGGCCCAGUCACCUCCACCUUUUGCCUUUGACACAGACAGAGAGGAGCUCCGUAAGAAACUGCAGGCCAUCUUCAACCCCCACCAAGUGGAUACGGUCAUGGGGAUGUUCCCUCACCUGAUGGACGCCCAGAAGCUGGCUGCAGAGAUCCUCAAUUUCAAAUCUGAAGGAGGGGCCUUCUGAUGCCUCUAAGCAUCUUGUCUAAGGGGUUAAUUCAGGUUUGAGAAGCUUGCACAACUUUAACUUCCACAUAAAUCAUUAAUUGAUUUCAAUGGGAUACUUGUGUGAAAAUGUGCCUUGGGUAAUUAUUCUCUUGUUCUUUCCCUUUGUAUUUUACUGUAACUGAUUGAAAGGGCAACGUUUUAUUGUUGAUGUUGUCCUUCCUUAGCAGUCAUGUGCUUGCAUAGCUUAUGUUAAAUCCAUGACAGGUUGUGUGUGUGCACAGUUUGGGAGAAGUGUGGAGAAUUGGGAUGAAUCCCCUGUCGUGUUUAACUGGAUUAUUUGAGAUUUUGAUUUAUUGAAAGUUGUAUACAUUUAUAACAGUGUUGUCAAAUCUUGCCUCUUGACUCAGUACCACGGCAAAAGUGAAUCUAGAGUGUUUGACUGUUGAUGCAUAUUGUAUCAUCAUUUGGGAUAUACAGUAUGUGAUCUCUCGUUUGUCUGAAAUUCAGCUCUCAUGCAAUAAGAAAUAAUUGUCUCAAAUUGCACAUUUUACUAUUAUGUUUUUUUUUUUUAUAUAUAUUGUGGUUCUGAUGGCCAUAAUGUAUUUCCUGUCUCAUAGACCAAUAUAUUCGGUAUUCCAUCUCUUUCUGCAGUGUGGAAUACAAUGGUAUACCUUUUUUCCGUGUAUAAAGCUACGCCCAAAGAGCCCCAAACACUAUACAGUAUCCUUCUAAGCAAGAGUAUCUGUGGAAGAAGCUGCCAAAGAAACUGAAUUAAUGUUGGAAAUGCUCCUUGUCAUUGACCCAAAUAUUGUAAUUCCCCCAUAGACCAGAAUGUGAUGUUCCCAGCAAGAUAAUGUAUACAAAUGUAUAAUGUAAUAUGUACAGUAUGUCCUGUGAGGGUCUCUUGUAUCACCAAAGACUGGGUAAAUCCAAUAGAUAUUUUAAAGUAACUGUGUUUCCCGAUUUCUAUGAAAUAUGACCUAUAAUUAAUUACAAUACAGUAUGAGUGAUUUUAGAUUUCCUCCCAAAAUGUUUUUAAGUAUGUUAAAAAGCAGCUUUUCUGUGCUGGAAUGGUGUGGGUGUACCCCAACAACAGAAUGGUGUGAGUGUAUACCGGUAUAAAAAAAAAUAUUCAUGUGAAUAGACUGCUGAUUGGCCAGCUCAAGCUCUAUAUGUCUGUUUGAGUUUAAGGGUUGUUUAUUUUUUUUAAGUGUUUUCUCCAAUUUUAUGCUUUGACCACAUAUGAGUAUAAUAUGAGUCAACAGCAUUUAUUUGGGUAUGAGUUAACAGAAUAUUAACUUUUUAAAAGUGAGAUUUUCACUGGACAAUUACUUCAACAAUGUUUCUAUGAUAGUUGUCUGUAUGCUGAUAAAAAAGAAAGACAACACUUUGUAGUUAAGUGCCUAAACAUGUAAAAUGUAUAGUUCAAUUAUCAUGGACAUUUGGAGUAGAGUUCUAGGUCUAAACAAAUUGUUUAACUUUUUUUAUUUUAAACCCAUUUUGGUAACUUUAUUUAACAGCACGGUAAGUACUAGCUAGGUAUUUAAAGUUAGAAUGUUGUUAUUAUGCUAUCAUAUAGUAUUACCAGCUUCAUAUCAGGUUAAUGCAGUCAUGACCUCAUGGUACUUGAAAUAAUUAGCAGGGAACAUUAGGCAUUUUAUUUCUCAGCCAUUUUUAUGUAUUUUCAGAGUAGGCUACUUUGUUUCUUCGGACUACAAAUAGCUACUAUACCAAAUAGUACAAUUUGUUGCCAAGUAUUUACCAGUACCUAGUACUUACCCGACUGUAAUAAAGGGUUACUCACUCAUUUUAUAUUAAUUUAUAUAGCACUUAAACACUGCCUUUUGAAUGUUGGGAAAUCAUAUUACACUAAAAUGAAAGGUUUGAAAUA